AAGAAUAAAUGUCAGUGGACUGGUGACUGAGUAUAUAUUAUUAUUAAGAGAAUAAAGAAAACCCUAAUCUUAGCCACCAACCUCUUUUAAACAGUUCAUAAAAUUUUCAUUAUCACUCCUUAAAUAUUCCUUUUACUCUCUCUCUCUCCCUAAAUUGUAAAGAGCCAACAAGGCAAGCCAACUAUGAGUAUCUACCAUUGUAGUAAUCAUCUUUUUCUUCUUUGGUUUUCUCUCUCUGUACUACCCAUCUCUCUCUCCUCCACCUCAUCUUCAUCAUCAUCAUCGCUGCCGUCCGACAUACACGAUCUUCUCCGGUCAAAAGGAUUACCGGCGGGUCUCUUCCCUAAGGAGGUAAAGUCGUACACCCUCUCCGACGAAGGGCAACUAGAAGUGAUCCUCCACGGACCAUGCUUGACCAAGUUUGAGAACAGAGUGUUCUACGACGCCGUUUUGAAGGCCAACCUCAGUUAUGGAAGUCUCAUGGGAGUUGAGGGUUUGACUCAAGAAGAGCUCUUUCUAUGGUUACCAGUCAAAGACAUCAUCGUUAAAGACCCAAAAUCAGGUCUUAUAUUCUUUGACAUUGUUGUUGCUCACAAACAACUCUCCUUGUCACUCUUCGAAGAUCCUCCUAAUUGUAAUCCCCAACCCCAAAGUGAAGGUGUUUUGAAGAAUAAUUUGUUGAAAGGAAAAGGAAUUGAAGCUCUGAGAUAUAAAGAAUAUAAAUAAAAAAAAAUGCCGACUUGUUUCAACUUUAAUUGUCUUUUCCUUUGUACUGUGUAUUUUUGAAAUUAUAUAAUAUAGUCUAAUUACAGUUAUCUAAUCACUAGGUGGCAUUGGUUAUUCCAAGAUUAGAUAGAGAGAUUAGGCUGAGUGCUUAGGAGAAUAUGGUAAAAGCUAUAUGUGUUGGAAUCAAUGAGUACUGAUUAAUUAAAACUA